AUGGAAGUAGAAAUGUAUGUAGAAAUACCCAAAGGCAGUUCGGACAAGUAUGAGUAUAAUCCAGAUACUAAAAAAUUAGAAUUAGAUAGAGUUUUGUCAGUAGCUAUGUAUUAUCCAGAAAAAUAUGGUCUUAUUUUUGGAACCUUAGCACCAGACGGAGAUGAAUUGGAUGUUAUUUGUUUAACUGAGAGAACUGGUGGGGCAGGAGAAUAUAUUAAGGUGCGAAUUAUUGGGGUUUUAAGAAUGAUUGAUAACGGCGAACAAGACGACAAAUUGUUGGCAGUUGACAUUAAUGAGCCUGAACUAAAACACAUUCGGAGAUUAGAGGAUAUUCCUGAAUUACGAAAAAAAAAAAUUAAACAUUUUUUUUCUCAUUAUAAAGAUUUAGAAAAUAAAAAAGUACAAGUCGGAGAAUUUGAAGGUCAAGGGCAAGCCGAAAAAUUAUUAAAACAGUGUCAAGAAGCCUACAAAAA